CACAACGUAUAAACGGAAACGAAGUAGUUAGCUUGCUAGCUAACGUUAGCUAUCUGAUGUAACGGCAGCUAGAAUCAUCAUGUGGUAUUUUGUUUUCAAAACACCCCUCCUCGUCUUCCUCCUCCUUCUCCUCCUCCUCUUCCUCCGCCCAGGGGACUCACUCACCCCUCCGGAGUCUCACAACCGAGGUUGUCGGUCGGUUCGUGUCCCCGUCAGCCCGUAGACCGAGGUUGUCGGUCGGUUCGUGUCCCCGUCAGCCCGUAGACCGAGGUUGUCGGUCGGUUCGUGUCCCCGUCAGCCCGUAGACCGAGGUUGUCGGUCGGUUCGUGUCCCCGUCAGCCCGUAGACCGAGGUUGUCGGUCGGUUCGUGUCCCCGUCAGCCCGUAGACCGAGGUUGUCGGUCGGUUCGUGUCCCCGUCAGCCCGUAGACCGAGGUUGUCGGUCGGUUCGUGUCCCCGUCAGCCCGUAGACCGAGGUUGUCGGUCGGUUCGUGUCCCCGUCAGCCCGUAGACCGAGGUUGUCGGUCGGUUCGUGUCCCCGUCAGCCCGUAGACCGAGGUUCCCCACCGGCUGCGGUGGUCGAGGAGCGAGGAGAGGAGGGACGUGGCCAACGACAGCAGCGUCACCACGGCAACGACCCGUCAAAACGCCCUGACCUGCAGCGCUACACGCCCGGGGCUGGCCACGGCAACCGUCGCCGUGACAGCGAGGACGGCGGCGUAGUCAUCUCCCCUGGAGACCCGUUAACCAUGACCUCUGACCCUGAGGUGGAACUGGUGAUGUCACUGCCACAGGAGGAGGAAGAAGGACACAACAUGGCUGCCACUGAGACAGUUUCAACUGAACCUGGAUGUAUAGAUGGAGGGAUGGCGAAAGGAGGAGUUGAGAAAUGUGGAGGAGGUUUUACAUCAAACCGGGGUGGAUGCUCUCGAGCGCCUGCACAACAGAGGACACGAAGAGGUGACCACCACACCACCAGAGCAGACAACAACAACAACAACAGUAGUAGUAGCAGUAGUGCAAAGGGACCGUCAGGCUCAGCUAACCGACCACAGAACUCCAGACAGAGGGAUGAGGUGAGAGGGAAGAACCAGAGGGGUAGAGAGCCAGCAGGGCGUUCCCCUGGCUCUCCCAAGGCCACCAGGAAGACCCGUAAACCUGACCGAGAGAUCUACCAGCCUGGGUGUCGGAGGAGCACCACCACCACCCAGGGGGAAGAGGGAAGAGAGACAGAGAAACCUGCUCCUGGUCCCCCUGAUCCUGUCAGAGAGGAAAGCCAAGCCAGGAGGGAACCAGUCGUAUGGACAGAGAAAGAGGAAGAAGGCAGAGGGGGUGAAGAGACAGGCAGAAGGCAGGGGAGGAGAGAAACAGGGAAAGCAGCCGUCUCAGACCAUGGAGUAGAGAACCUUACUGGGAAGAUACAGACACUCUGUGUGACUGCCCCACCUGGGAGAGAAGACGAGGGGAAGAGAGGAGAGGGUGAGGAAGGAGUAGGCAGGAGGAGGAGGAGGGCAAGCGGUGAGGGCAGGAGGAGCAGAGCUGGAGGUGGAGCCAAGGGACGAGUAGGAGGAGGAAAUGAAGGAUGCGAGAAGACUGAGGAGGAGAAGAAGAAGAGAGAGAGGGGAAACCGCAGGAACAGAGGAGCAGGGGAGAAAGGGGAGAAUCAGGACUCCAGGAGAAGAGGAGGAGGAGAGGGUGAGCGAGGGAUGACCGAGAGAGACAGGAGAGCGUCGGAAGAAGAUGGAGAGAGGGAAGCGAACCGUCCUGCAGAUGCACAGCCAGCAAAGGGAAGAGAAAAACAGAGGGAUAGAGAUACUGAGAGAGACAACCAGAGAGGGAACAACAGACCCCAACCUCUACCCUCAGAUAUAAACAGAGACAAGAAUGGAGAGAAAGACGGGAAUGUAGAGAUGCAGAGAAACAGAGAUAGGAGUGAGAGGAGCAGGGCUAACACUAACAACCGCCACCACUCGUCAUCUUCCUCUAAGCACAACUCCAAAUCAAACAUCAGAAGAGCCAGGAAUCGCACCUACAGCACCAGUUCUGCCAGUAGUGGCGCCAGCCUGGACGGACUGGGACAAGGGGAGGAUCGGAGGGAGGACAGGGCCCGACGAGACCGACUGGGACACAGGGAGAGAGACGGAGGAGAGGGAGGAGGUCAGCUACCGAACAGGAGGAGAAACACUAGAGACUCCUCAACAGACUCACUGGAGGAGAGGAGGAAAGAUGGAGGAGAGGAGUACUUGAGCCCCCCGUGGAGGAGAGGGGAGGAGGAGAGCAGAGGGGGAAGAGGACACAGAGGAGGAGGGAGAGGAGGGCUCCUGAAAGUGUCUCAGAGCGACAGACAGUCAGGUACCUCCCAUGCCACCUCAGGUCCCAGCGAUGACCCCCAGGGGCGCCUCAGGCAGGGCACUCUGCCUCGUGGUAAGGAGAGGGGCAUUCUCAUCCUCCCCGCCCACACUGACCUCUCCAAUUUGCCGACGGAGCCCGGGCCAAGGCUCCUGUUUGGUGGGAUUCGAGGAGGAAAAGAGGCGGGACUAGGGAGAGGAGGAAGGGGCGGAGGAACAAGGCGACUCUGGGAUCCCAACAACCCCGACCAGAAACCCGCUCUCCGGCUCUCCCAGCAUGCCUCUCUCCAGCAGCAGCAGCCCAUGUACCUGCAAACGGGCGGAGGUUACGGAGCGCUGCACUUCCUGGAUACGGACGACGAGGCUGCAGGGAGUCCCCCGGUCCGCCAGGGGGAGCACUUCUACCCCCAGCAGGAGGCCGCAGCCAUGGCCUUCUACAAGUACCAGAACUCUGACAACCCUUACCCUUACAACGCCAACCCUAAUGCACGUUACCCGUACCCCUACCACACUAUGCCUACCACCCCCUACCAGAUGCCCUCCUCCAACGGCAUUUACCCAGCCCAGUUUUACGGGGAGUAUAGGGGCCAGGGGUACCAGACCGGGGCUGGAGCAGGUCUGACACCAGAGGAGGUGGAGCAGCAGGCCAGGGGAGAGCUGGGGAGACAGCUGAGGGCUGCAGACAGCCAGGAGUUACAACUCAGCAACCUCCUAUCUAGAGACAGACUCAGUGCUGACGGACUGGACCGCAUGGCUCAACUCAGAGCUGACCUGUUGACCCUGUAUGAGCGGGUGAUCCUAACAGACAUAGAGUUCAGUGACAGUCAGAACCUGGACCAGGCUCUAUGGAAGAACGUGUUCUACCAGGUUAUAGAGCACUUCAGGCAGCUCCUCAAAGACCCCAGCGGAGACUCAACCCUGCGCAUCACCCCCAUGCUGCUCACUCUGCUGGACGAGGGGACGGUGUUCUUUGAUGCACUGCUGCAGAAGCUUCAGACAGUGUUUCAAUUUAAACUGGAGGAUUACAUGGACGGCAUGGCCAUCAGACCACGUCCACUACGCAAGACGGUGAAGUAUGCUCUGAUCAGUGCCCAGCGGUGUUUGAUCUGUCAGGGGGACAUCGCCCGUUACCGAGAGCAAGCCAGCGACUCGGCUAACUACGGCAAGGCCCGCAGCUGGUACCUGAAGGCCCAGCAGAUUGCUCCUAAGAACGGACGACCUUACAACCAGCUGGCCCUGCUGGCUGUUUACACGAAGAGGAAGUUGGAUGCAGUGUAUUACUACAUGCGUAGCCUUGCUGCCUCCAACCCCAUCCUCACUGCCAAGGAGAGUCUCAUGAGUCUGUUUGAAGAGGCCAAACGCAAGGCGGACCAGAUGGAGCGGAGGAGGAAGCAGGAGUCGGAGGGGGGGUCCAGGGGCCCGGGGGUUCGAGGAGGAGGACGGGGGGAGGAGGGGGCCAGGGUGGAGAUCUGGGUCGGCCCUAUUGGACAGGCAGGGGUUCCAUCAUCACACCGUGGGGGCAGCGAGUCCAGCAGAGACUCUGAACAGGAAGGAGAACUGGGCAACCUUAGCCCUAGUGAUCUCAAUAAGAGGUUUACUCUCAGCUUCCUCCACGCUCACGGAAAACUCUUCACUAAAGUGGGUAUGGAGUCGUUCCCUUCGGUGGCCAGUCGGGUUCUCCAGGAGUUCACAGUGCUGCUCCAACACAGCCCCUCCCCUCUGGGCAGCACACGCAUGUUGCAGAUCAUCACCAUUAACAUGUUCACGAUACACAACGCUCAGAGCAGAGGAGGAGACAGUGAGGUGAGAUCUGUGUUACAGGAACAGACUACAGCUCUGGGUCUGGCCAUGUUCUCUCUGCUGGUCCAACGCUGCACAGAGCUGCUGAGAGACACACCCGCAGAGCCCAUCCCAGCGGAGGAGAGAGAAGAGGGGCAGGAGGGGAUGGUGAGAGUUUCUGCCUUUCCAUUGGUCCUGAGGGAGCUGCUGCCUAGCGUCAAGGUCUGGUCUGAUUGGAUGCUUGGACACCCCAACCAAUGGAAUCCUCCACCUUGCCGUAUAGACUGUAGUCUUGAUGUGUGGCGUAGCCUGGCAGACCUGUGUAAUGCGUUGGCGCGUGUCGACCACGGCGAGGCGCCACUGUACAAGGCAGACGGGGACGGAGGCGAAGGGGAUGAAGAGCUCCGCCUGCUGCUAUUGGAGGAGGACAGGCUACUGGCCGGCUUCGUCCCGCUGCUCGCUGCCCCACAGGAACCCUGCUACGUAGACUGCACCGGGGAUACAGCGAUAGCUGCUGACUGUAAAAGGGUAACAGUAUUGAAGUAUUUCCUGGAGGCUCUGUGUGGACAGGAAGAACCUCUCCUGGCUUUUAAAGGAGGGAAGUACAUCUCCAUGGCAACCUCUCCCCAACCCGGUCGCCCCGGCGACGCACGCAGCAGACAGGACUCGCAGACAGAGAGAGAGAGUGAUGGCGUCAUCGCGGAGGCGGAGUCGUCUGUGUCGGACGGUGAUGAUGGCAGUGAGGACGACAUCCGAGAGCUCCGGGCCAGACGCAGCGCCCUCACCAACAAACUGGCUGAGCAGCAGAGACGCAGGGACAAGAUACAGGCGGUGUUACAGACGUGUGGUCAGUUGGAGUUAGAGGUACGUCCUCUUUUCCUGGUCCCCGACACCAACGGUUUCAUCGACCACCUCACCGGCCUCAAGACGCUGCUUCAGUCUGGGACCUACAUUGUGGUGGUGCCCCUCAUAGUGAUAACAGAGUUGGAUGGUCUGGCAAAGGGGCAGGAGAGCUGCGAUGGCUCUGGCAGUGGGCGUGGUGGCAGUGGUUGUCGUGGAAACGCCGGUGGUGGUGGACCGACCCACGCCCGGUCGGUCCAGGAGAAGGCUAGGGUUGCCGUGGCGUUUCUGGAGCGAGGGUUCGAGGCCAGGGAGCCCUGUCUCAGAGCGCUGACCAGCAGAGGAAGUCAACUGGAGUCUAUCGCCUUCCGCAGCGAAGACACCUCCGGACAACAGGGAAACAAUGAUGAUGUCAUCUUGUCCUGCUGUCUCCACUACUGCAAAGAUGAGGCGAAGAGCUUGAUGCCUGCACAGACAAACGGUCCGGUGCGUUUGCGUCGGGAGGUGGUUCUCCUGACAGAUGACCGUAACCUGCGGGUCAAAGCCCUGACCAGGAAUGUGCCGGUCAGAGACAUCCCCGCAUUCCUCACCUGGGCCAAAGUGGGCUGAACCGGGUCACACACAGACCACGCCCAGAGCACCCAGACAACCAAUCAACUGCUGAUAACCGCUGGCCAUCUCCCACCUGGAGUGGAGAAGGAGAAUAUACGCUAAUGCAGAAGAGAAGACUGUUGUGGGGAGAGAGAGAUGAAGGAGAAUAUACGCUAAUGCAGAAGAGAAGACUGUUGUGGGGAGAGAGAGACAAAGGAGAAACUCAUUUUUUUUUGUUGGUGGAAAAGCUCAAAUGAAAACCUUUUAAAAAAAAAAAGCUUUUUUUUUUUGGAGGAGUGGAAUGAGUUGAAUUGUCUGAGAGCUUUUUUCUCCUCUCGUUGUGGUGAGGUAGGUGUGUGUGUGUGUUAACUGCUUCUCUCAGAGGGAAGGAGGAGGGAGGACAGGAGCAGGGAGAGAUGCAGGAAGAACUGCAGAAGAGAGAGAGAGCGAGAGAGGAGGUGUGUGAGUGAUUAACUGGCUCUCCAUUCCAGCCCUUCAUAACUUCGGCAGUGUGUUCACAAGGCCAGCAGCAGUAUUUACCUCUGUGGAAACGACAGAGCAGAGAAGGAAGAGAGAGAGAGAGAGGUUAGGGCUGAGGAGGAAGGCCGUAGCCUGACUGAUUUGUCUGUUUAACUGACAUCUUGUCUGUAACCCCAGAGCAGCACAGAGAGAGGCCCUGUAGUGGCAAGGAGGGAGGCUGUGGCGAUGGGUUACCAGGUUCUGGUGUAUUAGAUAGGGGAUUGGUACCCCCGCCUUAAUCUCCUUGACGCGGAGCCACGCGCUCAGCCUCGGAUGGCCAGGAUGUGAUUUGCAUCCCAGUUGCUCAGCAACAGUGUUGGUGAUGUUGGUACCCCCAGCAGCUUGAUGGUGACGGAGUCAUUUCCAAGUUGGGGUUUCUAUAAAGGAGCAGCUUAAAAAAAAUCAAAAGACGAAGAAAAUAGACUUUUUCUGAUUUAGCAUUGUGGAUGUGGCGGUGUGUUUUAGUUGGUAUCCAGUGUGUGUGUGUGUGUGUGUGUGUGUGUGUGUGUGUGUGUGUGUUGUUUAUGCUCUACAGAAGAGCUCGUCUUUCUGCUUACAUUAUUUUCCACCCACAAACCGUUUGGGUUUGUUUUAAGUUUUUUAACAAGUCAAAUAAGAUUUGAAUGAUUUAAUUCAUCAUGUAAUUGAGUUUGUUUCUCUUGGGUUUUUACCACCACCUGUGGGGUAACUCAACAACUUGUUCAGCUUCUAUUCAUUAUCUAUUUUUCUUCACAUUGAGUACAGAACUCUGCUGAUCUGAGUGAACAUAGCUAGACUGGCUAGAUAUGUUCAGUAACAUGUGUGUGUGCGUAACAGGAUUUCUCGUUACUGGUAAUUGCCGGAUUUUUUCCCCCCACUCCCUAAAAAAUACAACAAGGUAAGGCGAUAAGUAUAUAUUUGCCUCGGCCAAAUUGUCCGGAAGAAUCCCAUUUGCAAAAGAUCGUUUUGUUGUUGUUGUUGAUGUUGAUGGAAAUACAUUUAUCCUGCUUAUCGGCCUGUAGGUAAAUGUGCAUAAUUAAGUGGAAUUAAAUUGUCGCAUUCCUUUUU